AUGUCUGUUACGCUUCACACGUCUCUAGGCGACCUUAAAAUCGAAGUAUUCUGCGAAGCCGUACCCAAGACGGCGGAGAACUUCCUUGCUCUCUGUGCGUCAGGGUAUUAUGACGGCUGCCUUUUCCAUCGCAACAUCAAGGGAUUCAUGGUGCAGACAGGCGACCCAACGGGAACAGGGAAGGGCGGACAGAGCAUCUGGGGCGCGCCGUUUGCAGACGAGGUGCGGUCGACGCUCAAGUUCAAUGCACGCGGCGUCGUGGCGAUGGCCAACGCCGGGCCUGGGACCAACAAGUCACAGUUCUUCAUUUCGUACGCCAAGCAGCCGUCGCUCGAUGGGAAGUACACCAUUUUCGGGCGCGUCAUUGAUGGGCAAGACAGCACGCUCGACAUGAUUGAACGGGUACCCGUCAGCGCCAAGAAUCGGCCGGAGAAGGAGAUCAAGCUUGAGCGCGUGACGAUCCAUGCUAACCCAAUCGCAGACGCGCAGAAGUAG